AUGGGCCCUCCAAGUGCGCCUACUAAAAUUCACGUGGUGAGAAGGUUCUGCCUGCAGAAUUUGCAGUAUUAUCUUUACAAGUCUUGGACAACAUUCAUAUUUGAGUUUAUUUACAGAAAAGUGUUGUUGUGUGUUACCCUGAUUGCAAGUUAUCUUGCUAAAUCAGAUGAAAAUAUCUUCUUGUGCGUUUCUUUUUGUUUUCUUGUUUUUUUCAGUAAUUGUCCUUCAUUUUUGGCUGCUGCUUUAGCUAGAGCAACUUCGGAUGAAGUCCUUCAGAGUGAUCUUUCAGUGCACUACUUACCAAAGCAUGUGGACAGUACAGAUGGGAUCAUACAGAUUGAGACAGUGAAGCUAGCCCGCUUAGUUUUCAGCAAACUCCAUGAGAUCUGCAGCAAUUGGGUAAAAGACUUUCCACUCCAGCGGAAGCCCCACCGCUACUAUGAGACAUCCAUCCAUGCCAUCAAAAAUAUGCGCAGGAAGAUGGAAGACAAGCAUGUCUGCAUUCCAGACUUCAACAUGCUCUUCAACCUUGAGGACCAAGAAGAGCAAGCUUAUUUUGCAGUAUUUGAUGGUCAUGGCGGAGUGGACGCUGCCAUCUAUGCCUCCAUCCAUCUCCAUGUGAACUUGGUCCAUCAGGAGAUGUUUCAGCAUGACCCAGCAGAGGCGCUGUGCCGAGCCUUCCGGGUGACAGACGAGCGCUUCGUCCAGAAGGCAGCCAGAGAGAGUCUGCGUUGUGGAACCACUGGGGUGGUGACUUUCAUCCGAGGAAAUAUGUUACAUGUGGCUUGGCUUGGGGAUUCCCAGGUUAUGCUUGUGAGGAGAGGCCAAGCUGUGGAACUGAUGAAACCCCACAAACCAGAUAGAGAGGAUGAGAAGAAGCGCAUUGAGGCACUUGGUGGCUGUGUGGUCUGGUUUGGAGCCUGGAGGGUGAAUGGGAGCCUGUCGGUCUCCAGAGCUAUCGGGGAUGCUGAGCACAAGCCAUAUAUCUGUGGGGAUGCAGACUCUGCCUCCACUGUACUAGAUGGCUCUGAAGACUACCUCAUUUUAGCCUGUGAUGGCUUCUAUGACACAGUCAAUCCCGAUGAGGCAGUGAAAGUGGUGGCUGACCAUUUAAAGGAGAACAAUGGGGACAGCAGCAUGGUAGCACAUAAAUUAGUGGCAUCUGCUCGGGAUGCUGGUUCCAGCGACAACAUUACUGUCAUUGUGGUAUUUCUCAGGGACAUGAAUGCAGCAGUCAAUGUUAGUGAGGAAUCGGACUGGACAGAGAAUUCUUUUCAAGGUGGGCAAGAAGACGGUGGGGAAGAUAAGGAAAACCACGGAGACUGCAAACGACCGUGGCCCCAACACCAGUGCUCAGCACCUGCAGAUCUAGGGUAUGAAGGACGAGUGGAUUCCUUUACUGAUAGAACUAGCUUAAGUAUAGGGUCCAGUAUUAACCUGUUUGAUGAUCAAGGCUAUUUAGACCUGACAAACACAGAAACAAUUGAACCUAAGAGUGCCAAAUAUUUGCCACCAAUUCAAGUGUUUAGUCCUGGCAUACCAAAGAGUGAGAAUUUGAUUAAUGGUUUAACAGUGAAGAACAAAUCACCGGAGAGCACCACAUCAUCAGUCUAUGGACAAAGUGACCCCAGGGCGUCCAUCGCUCUUCCUAGUUUGGGUUCUGCAAGGCAAAACAUCUACAGGGUGGAGGGCUUCUCCCCCGUCUUUUUGGGGCUGGAAGAUGAACAGUUCAAAUCCUUGGGGAAACGAGCUUCUGCAUUCUCUCACUUGCGUUUCUGUAACGGGAAGAGGCGAAGAGGAGCCAGGUUCAAACCAAAGUUUCACACGCCGCUCUUGGCUCAUGAGCCUUCCCGUAUAGAAGGAUCAAGUCUGUCCUUCCCUGUCCGAGGCCGCAGUAACACGAGGUUGUUGGUAAGACGCUCCCUGUGGUGGAGGCUGGCUAGUCAUAAAGCUUACAGUGAGAGCAUGUUUUUGAUGCAAAUACAAAGUAAUUGUAUACCAGACUCAUCCCUUCAUCAAUGCUGUAAAAUGUAACUGUCUCCCUUGUGUUCCCCCUUAGAUACCUAAAACAGACAUUCCCAAAAUAAAACUGGCAUCAUCAGAAAGUGAAAAAGGGUGGGCAUUUCAGAACUGCGUGUAUUACAAUCCUCUGCAAAGCUCAAAUCAUGUGUAAAUAGAUCUAGGAAUUAACAAAUGUAGUUGUUUCAAUCUCAAUAAAAUGUGCUGGUGGUGCCACCCUAAGCAAUGCCACAGCCACCCAACCACCUGCACACAUAAGUAUCUAGUCACAUUCACUAGUGAAAGCUGACUAGUUGUUCACGUGAAUAGACACCAUUAGGGACCGUCUUUAAAAAUGCAGGAAGUUGAAUCUGCCUGAGUCUAUGGAGCAAUAUCUAAAGAAAGAUUCUGUUUUAGAACUGCCAAAUUUUUUAGAGUGGGGGGAAGUUUCCAUAGAAGUCCAGGUUGUGGUUUUUUUGUUUUGUUUUACUUUCAAUUUAUUUCAGGCUAAUACUAAGAUGAAUUAGAAAAUUACAUCCACUUUGCAGGUAAAAGACUAAAAGCCAUACAGGAUUUUACCAGGUAACUUAGGAACGGACAAACUAAGCUCCUGUUACUCUGUUCUCAGACUCUGAUUGAGGUACAUACUCAUAAUUUACUUAUUUUUUCAUGUAACAUAAAACGUGGAAUAUGAAGAAAACUUUUUUGUAGUUUAAAAAAAAAAUUCCUAUGGCUAGAGGUGCAGUGUACAGGGAUUUCGUAUCUCUCUGGUGCUUUUAGUGGCAUUUUUCUUGUUUGUCAGUUUAAAAAAAACUGUUUUCAGUUAGUUUUAAUCUAACAUGAUUGUGCUUAAUGCUUUGAGCCAACCUCUUUCCACCGUAACUUCAUCUCAGGUCUUUAAAGAAACCAAGUCUGUGGAGAUGUUCAGUACACUACUACUGUCACUCAGCCAGUUAAACCAGAGAACUGCUUGCUAGGAAUAAUGAGCAAUUUGUUUUAGGUGAGGAUUUUUAGGUGGCAAAAGUGUAAUUUAAUAUAAAGUCGUAGUGUCAAGGAAGGUAAGAUGCUGCCUCUGUAGUAGCAUUAUUGCUGCAAGUUGGUAUGUUCUAGAAUGUCUAAAAAUGGAUGCAAGGCUGCUAGAGCAAUCCAAAGUGAAUGGGAAUGCCAUGGAUGCAGACGAGUAGGAGAUGUGCUUGGGGUUUAGUGGAGAUGGUAAAAUUCACUGACAAUCCAGAGCUCUGCUUCAGUUAAACUUGUAUUCAUAAAGAAAAGUGAGGAAUGUCAGCUGCCCUGUAUUUUGACAAGCAGAGUGGUAUUUAACAAACAAAACCAGGCACACACAGUACCUGCCAGCUUUUCCCCGCCUUUGAGGUGAUGUUAACUUCUUAAAGGAGCAGUAAAUUAGGACAUAAGUAAGCAGACUAUUCCCAUCAGAUGACAGACCAGUCAGCUCCACUAAAUACACAUCCUGUUACUAAUAUUUGUUACAAUAAGGCAUUUGGAAGAAUAUGAAUAAGAUAAUUCUUCACAGGCAUUUAUUGUACCAUUCAUAUCAUUUUAGCAGUAACCAUUUAUUAUCAGUAUUAGUAUGUAGCUAGAAUUUGCAAGUAUUUUAAGUAGUCAGAAGAUUAUUCAACAUGAGUGAUGGCAAGCUUUGAAUUCUGCCAAUUUCUGCUUCUUCUAAUCUUUGAUGCACUAUUUUAAAAGCAAUUUGAUGAACAGCAAAAGGCUUUGUGAGUAACCAGGAGUUGAAAUGUGGCUUUAGAUUCCUUUGAUCUUUUUGAGACCUUUUUUUUUUUUUUUUUUUAAAUCUUUUGGGAUCAUUGGCUCUUACCUGUCAUCUUAUUAAGCCUUAGCUGUUGUCAACACUCUCUUUAGAUGCAGCAUAUGUUCCAAGCCAGAUUUACUAAGGAAAUUUGAGGAAUCAUGAAACAAUAAAAUAUGCAACUAUGGGGCAUCUCUGUGGUGCCUUUAUUUUAAAUUAUUCACAGUAAUAAUGAUGCAUUGAAAGUCCAUCUUCUAGUUGACAGUCAUGCUUCUGAAAGAAAGGUGGUGUAAGUGCAAUUCUUUGUAUGAGUAAAUAAGAAUGAAAAAUGUGAUGGAUGAUAAACUUCUUCCCAGUCUGCAGGAGUAGUUGAAGAGCACUGGACUGCAUGUAUGUGUGCUGCUUUGGGAAGGAUAUAGCUUUUUAGGUGUGGAUUCAUAAAUGAUAAUUCUGCUGCUCAUAACAUUUAUCUUGCUAGGAGAAAAAUUUACCAUCGUAGUUCCAGUGUGGUCAGGUAAAAUAUUGUAUAGAUAGCAAGUGUUCAUUUCUUCACUAAAUGCAUAUUUAUAGAGUAGAUAGGAACCAUUUGUAAGGUAAGUAAGUCCUUUAAAAGUUCUAUACUAUUAAAAGUAGUGGUUAUUGGUCUGAUAUAUGCUGCUCUUGAUUCUACACACUAGACAAAAAAGCAGUGCUUUGUGAAAUGCAGUGUUUUCUCUUAAUGCCACUGGUGAUAGGAAGUAGUUCUCUUCAGUUCAAAAUCCUGUGCCCUUAUUUGCUGCUUGCUAACGUAAGCAAUAAUACCCCCUCUGAUGGUAUCUAAAUGUUCUGUAUCUUGUACUUUGAUUGUCUAUCUGGUGACAAUGUAAAAAUACUAGGCUAAUAUAAAAGUAUCUAAUUGUAUUUAUUAAUUGUUGAUACUGAGAUUCAGUCUGUGACCUGUGUUUUGUAUUUUUAUUGUGUAUCUUAGUGGUGGUGAAAUUUGUAUAACAAAUAUUUCCAAUAAAGAGCUGAAGUAUCCCUUUUUCAAGUUAACACAAUCUGCAUCAGUUUCAGUUUACAUGUUAAACGUGUUUGCAGAACUAGGAGGUAGGUAGUGAAAACUUUUUUUUUUUUUUUAAUUGUGUUGGUUUUGAGAAAUGGACUUCAGGCUGUUUGUCUGAAGCUGCUCAAAACUUGCUUUUAAGCUAUUCACUGUGAGUAGUAGAGGGAUUCAUUCAAUCCCCACUCUAAUAGUUUCCUGUGUACACUUUUUAAAUGUGCAACUCUGAGGAAUGUCUGCCUUGCAGAGAGCAGUAUAGCACCAGACCAGGGAGCUGUUAACCCAUUUCGAUUUGCACUAAAGGUGGGUGGAAAUGCAUGUAUAUACACAUUUUCUUUACCUACAAGUGCCAUCAAUUAAUUGUCCUUGCAAGUUAAAAAUCAUUCAGUAUUUAAUUUAGAUUGCAUUGUAACACUGAAGGACAAUGCCUAAGCAGACUUUAACUUAUGCCACAUUUAUAGUGGCACAUUGUCAUAGAAACUCCACCUGGUUUUUGGAACACUGUGUGUCAGUGAGAAAUGCAUUGUCCUACGGGCAGAGAGGACGAGGCAUAAAGAGUUCCGCGGUUAUAGACAUGACUGCUGUAGUUCAGGUCCACUAUCUUUUCACUAAACACACCCUACCCUGGCAAUGUUCUGCUUUUAAAAAAAAAAAAAAAAAAAAAAAAAAAGAGAGAGA